GCGGUGCUGUCCCAGCCAGUUUCGCGCUCGCAUGGCGGCGAGGUUUUCUGGCGGUUCCUCUCAUCCUCGAACGGAUUAUCCAGUCGAAUUCGUGCCACCGGUGAUUUCGGCAAGUUUAUUAAGAAGUAUUCUGUCAGGAUUUCUCCCUUAAAGAAGGAAUUGAACAAUUUGAAAGGCAUGACGAGCAUGAGAAGCUGGGGAAUAUGUUCAUAUAUCCCUAUGAUGCACAAUAAAAGUGUAGUGUGGUGGCAGUAUGCAGAAUCAUAUGCUCGUGACUGGUGUGGCAGAUUUAAUCAGCCUACUGUGCUUCAGCUUCCCCUGCCUGGAUCUGUCAAUGACCAUAAGCGCUGUGAUAUCCAUUACACUUGGUUUCCGGUACCUUUGAUAUUAUUUGCAUUGGUCUAGGACUGCAGAGUGCAGAAAGGUGGAGUACCUGAUGAGAAAUUGUUAUCAGAAGAAUAGCAUAUAGAGUGCAAUUGCUCCCUUUUUUUGUUUUCAUUUUCAAGCAUUAUUAAUUUGGAGCAUGUAAAUUAGAGUUCUCAUGAUAGUAUGGUUCGUGGUUUAUUUAUUACUGUAUAAGUACUGGGUAUAUGCUUGUGAUAGUUGUAAAAUGUCAAUGAUGCAUAGUUUAAUUCUGGGGUCUUUUUAUUUCCUUAUUAGAGUUUAGGCACUUGACUUAAUCACUAAUAUUCAAUUAUGAGCUUUUUAAAUCAUUUUUGCAGGCGCAAGGUCUCGUAAGCAGUUUGGUUUGUUCCCAAGUUCAUAUAAAUGUUAUUUUCUAUUUUAUUAUGCAUGUAAACCCCUGUUCUGCCAAACUCUUUUUUGUGGGUGCCGCAUGUUUAGACGCACUUUGCCAUUCUAUGAUACCAGAUGAUUAGAAGACCAGCUUGCUUGUCCAAUGCAGCAUGCAUGGCUACAUUUGUUUCAUUGCCAUUUUAUGUUGCAUAUUCGAAGAAUUGGUGUUUCUCCCAUCAAGAAAGGAAAAGGUGGCGCUGUUUUCAAUGAAACUCCAGGUUCCACGUAGGAGAGGUCAAAGCUUGUUGAGUUGCAAAUUUUCAUCUCCUAUAGCAGAUGGUCUCCAAAGGGCUAGGUCAGGAGCUAUUGAUGGGAAACUAUCAGGACUAUGCCAUAUGGUCAUGGAAUACAUAUCCAAUCAUCAGAAGAUGAUGCUACAGAACUUGCCAAAAGCAGUUAUUCUUGCAAAUUCAUUGAUGCUCAUUCUGCCUCUCAGAGUCUUGGCAGAAACAUGUGAGGCGCGUCGCCCAUUUACUGAGAUGCCUCUACUUUUUGCUAUAGCCCUUAUAGGGGCUACUGUGGGGGGAUUGCUUGCACGGCAGAGAAGAGGGGAACUGGAGCGCUUGAAUGACCAGCUGCGCCAGAUCAAUGCAGCACUAAGAAGACAAGCAAAGAUAGAAUCUUAUGCCCCCAGCUUAAGUUAUGCACCAGUUGGUAGAAUCUCGGAAUCUGAAGUCAUUGUGGACCCCAGGAAGCAGCAACUGAUCACAAUUUUGAGGACAGGGAAAAACUUUCUGAGGAAUCAAGAUCUAGAGAAAGCAUCUGUGGAGUUUAAGGCAGCUUUUGAUCUUGCACAGAGUUUGGGAGAUCACCUAGAGGAAAAGAAGGCUGCAAGAGGAUUAGGUGCAUCCCUACAGAGGCUAGGAAAAUACAGGGAAGCUAUAAAGUACUACUCCAAGAUUUUGGAGAUAUCCAGGCGAGAAGGUGAGGAUUCUGGCAGUACAGAGGCUUAUGGAGCAAUAGCUGACUGCCAUGCUGAGCUUGGGGAGCUCGAGCGAGCUGCAAAGUUCUAUGACAAAUAUAUAGCAAGGUUAGAAAGUGAUUGAUUGAGCUCAAGUGCGCCUUAGCCUUCCAGAUCAUUCAUAUGACGCCAGUGGAAAAUCUUGGGUUUUUUUUGGGGAUUGUCGCCAUCACAGACUGACAUGUUAAGGUCUUUGAAGUCUCAGUAACUUAUGGUUGCAUUUCCAUAUCAUUUACAUAUUUCCAGGGUUCUAGAUUUUCGAAAUCUUUUCUAUAAAAUUAUGUUCAAGGAAAUGCUUAUAUGAGAGGAUAGUCGCUUUGUGUGCAUUUCCUCCAAGAGUUGUGCUUGACAUA